ACCUUCCCAGAGUACAGAUACUGUGUAGUGUAGCCCCUCCUCGACUUCCCCGAGCAGAGCUCCCUCCGACCCGACCCGACCCCAGCGACUCGGAUAGAUCCAGCGCCGCCGCCCGCCGCCGCUGUCAACCGGCCGGCUAGCCCGUCCUCCGUCGUCACCACCGCACCGGCUACUCGCUCCUAUCCCCGCGCGGCUCCGUCUUUCUCAAAGCCACUGCAGUUGACCCAGUUACUCCAUCAUCAAUCCUUGUUGCCAUUGCUGCCAGUUACUGUUUCCUAUUCCCCACUGCUUCGUCCCUUUUGACUCCAAUACUUUGGCACAUCAUGGUCGGAAAGGUAUGUGGUAGGUGUUAGAAGCUUGAUCUAGUCAUCAUCAAUCGGAUCUUGUAGGAUAUUGCGAUGGGAAGCUUAUUCCAGGCUGGAAGUUCUUUUUAUGGAGAUUAUAUCCUCGAUUUUAAUGCCAAUUGUGAGAGAUGCGUCGUUUCAUUGAGUUUUUAUAAGGACAAUGAUGAAGAGAAGAAAGAAACAUAUUUCGCUACUGGUAUAAUUUUUGCUUCGGGAAAGAGAUCAUGCUGCGUUUUAACAACAAUAGAUGAUGCUAGUAAAAGGAAAGAUGAAUCAUGUGUGGUAAAAUUUUUUGAUGGAACUUCAAAAAUUAUUGAUUGGAAGAGAAUAAAGGUGCGGCCAGAGUUUAAAUGUGCAACAAUUUAUAUCCACAAUAUUGAUAUGAUUCAUGGAGCCACCGUCACAUUUAGUGAUCAAGAGAUUGAUCAUUCUCAAAAGGUAUUCACUGUUGGUUACAACACAAAUCAAAGGGACAGAACCUUCAUCUCAGGAAAUCUUGUGAAUGGUGUAGGGAUACGGAACAAAGACGCUAUCGUAUUUGUGCACGGCUGCUCAACUGGCAAUUCUGGUCAUUUGGGAUCAGCUGUAUUUAAUGAAAAUAAAAAUCUUGUUGGCAUGAAUGUUUCUUAUACUAGAUCUAGAGGCACUCAUUAUAUCUCUAGCAGCUCCACAUCAACAUCAGAUUAUGGUGGCAUCGUAUCUGCAUUGAAUUUACAAUCCAUACAACUUGGGCUUUCCCUGCUAUAUAAAAAAGAAGGAGAGACUAUUGGUGAAAUUGUUCGUCACGUGAAUGCUGUCUUGCUCAAUUCAGAAAAGGAAUGGGCCUAAGAAUGUAGCGGAAGCAGCUGGUGUUGAUUUAGAAGGCAGAAGAUGAUGAGGGGCCUUUGAUCAUUGUUCUGCAGCUUUUCUCAUUUUUAGCUGCUAUGCGCAUCUGCAUUGAUGACGAGCUCAGACCUUCAAGAGCAAUGGUGAAGGCCAUCACGAUCUGAGUGUCUCUUUUUUGUUAUUAUUAUUCUCUAUGAAAAUUUGAUAGCCCAACCUGUGUUGAUGAUACAAUGUGGGUGGUUUUUCUUUUGUAAGCUGACCUGUGACUCAUUUUGGGGCACGGUGGUGUCAGACUGAUGAAAUGUAAGUGGCUGUUAGACAGGCUGGCCUCACACUGAACUCGGCCUAUUUUGAGCUUCCUGUACUGUCUAACUUUUCUCAUUAUUCACUGCCCAACUUUGGUCAGAGACCCGCAACAUCAGAAAAGGAGCAUAUGGACCCUUAUUUACUUGUUUUA